AUGGAACAAAAAGUAGGAAUUGAAGAAUUAAUUAUGAUGCUUGCUCCUGAUGCAGCUAAUGAAAAAUGUUUAAGAGAAAAAAAAAAAGAAAAGGUUAACCAAAUUAAAGAUACUAAGGAGAAAAAAAAAGAAGAUGAUUAUGAUUAUAUUUUUAUUAAUGAUGAAGAAUCUGUAAAACCUGGUGUAUUAGAUGAAGGAAAUAGAAAUAAGGUUAUUAUAAAUUCAAUUAAAAAAAGUAAAAUGAUUAACAAAAACGAAGUAAUGAAAGUUGGAGAAAGAGAUUAUUUCGAUUUAGAGAGAAAGGAUAAUACAAAAGGUAAAAAUGAAGUAAAUAAAAUGAGGACAAUGUUAAUAAAAGAUAAUACACAUGAAUCAAAGCUAUAUCAAAACUUAGAUGCAAUUGAUAUAAACAUUACAGAAAAAGGUAUUAAUAAUGAAAAUAUUAUAGAAAAAACAAAAAAAGAUCAAAUUUUUGACAUUAAUGACAAGAAUGAAAGCAUUAAAACUAAAACUAAACAUAUUGAAGAUAUACUUGAAGAAAAAGACAAGAUUGAUGGUGACAAUAAUAAAAAUAAGAAAAAAGUUGUUGAUGAUGAAAAAGUAUGUAUAGCGGAGAAAACACAAAAAAUUGAAAUAACAAAAGAUAAUUACAACACUUCUGCUAAAAGGAUAAAAAAUUUAAAAAUUGAGGAUAUUAAAAAAAAACAAAUUAGUGAUAAAAAAGAAGAUGAUGAAAAAAAAAUUAAUAAAACUAAAACAAAAUGUCUUGACAAAGAGAUAGUAAAAGAUGUUAAAGUAGUUGAAAAAACAUCAAAACAAAAAGAAACUAAAAAAGAUAAAAAACGUAAAGUAAAUUGUAAUGUCCCACUAGCAACCAAAACAGAAAAUUCAGUUCUAAAGAAAAUACAAACUAAUGUAAAAAAUGAUACUAAUAUAAAUAAACAAGAGCCCUCUAAAAAAUUAUCUGAAACUAAUAAAGUAAAAACAAUCCUUGUAGAAACUACAAAGAAAAAAGAGCGUACAAAUGAGGUGAAUGAAACUAAAAAAAAAGUUAGUGAUAAGAAAGAUAAAAGCAGUAUUAUUUUUAAAAGGAAUAAAGAAAAAAGUAGAGAAUUUCUUCGCCGAAAAAGUAAAUCUAAUUUUGAAAUUACAUGUUUAAAUGUACAGAGACAAAAAAAAAGUACAAAUCCAAAAAACACCUGUUCAACUGUAGAAAACAUCAAAAUUUCCAUUGAAACAAAAACAAUUAAUAACGAAGACAAAAACAAAUUAGAUAACACAAUAAAGCUUACCAUGUCAACACCUAAUAUUCUUCCUGUUAAGAGUACUAAACCCAAAACAUCUACAAUCAAAAAAACCUAA